AUGGACCUUUGUCAACAAUUGCAACAGUUGCAUAAAGUAAAAGAACUGGCAAUGGCUAAUGAGCCUGAAAAAGUCUUGCCCAAAGUCCUUGAAACGGCAUUAAGUUUGUACAAACAAAACUCUGCAAAGCCUAAGGAGCUCUCAAGGUUCUGUUCCCAACUUUUUCUAGACUUGUUGACUCAUGAGAAAAUUCCUUCUAGCGAAAAGCCGUUUCUAGCAUCACAGAAUUUCCAUGACUUCGUCCUCAUGUGUCAGCCGACUUCUGAUACGUGUAUUGAUUAUAUUACCUAUAAGAACAUCAUUCUAGGAUUUGGUAGCUGUUACGGGUCGCUGUUUGACUUGGUUGCGAAGACGUCCAAUGAAAGUUUGUGGAAGGAUAUGGUACUUUUGAAGGAUCUAGUUUUACAAAAUUGGAAAUCUUGCUUCCCGUUGGAGCCAACUGAUCCUUUGAAAGACCAUGCACGAUCACUGGGUGCCAAUUUAGCUAGUGUAAAGCUAAUAUCCAAGAUAGUAAUUGUUCAUACACAGGGAACUGGUAUUAGUAUCAGUACAGUACCAAAUAACCAUCCUGUAAUCAAGAAUAAACAAGGUCUAGAAGCAGAGUCCAAGAAACUGUUAGAUGUGUUGAUCACAUUCUUGAUCGAUGAACCUAUGAUGAUUGCUCCAUUAUUUUGUUCAAUCUUGAACUGCCUGGCUUUUAUUAUGAAACAGAGGCCGCUGGCAACGGUACGUAUUUUAUCGGGAUUACUAAAGUUCAACAUUGAUCUAAAAUACCAGCAAGAUGAUGAACCAACACUCCAAUUCAGAAUGGCCAAGCGCUUUGUUGAACGGUGCUACAAAAAUUUUGUUAAUUUUGGAAUGAAGACACAGCUUAUCAAGAAUACAGGAACAUUGGCUCCGUACCACAGCAAGUUGGGAAAGAUUGCCCAAACAUUGCAUAUGAUAGCGGAAGAGACUAAAAAUAAGGGCAUUCUCAACUAUAAUGCUACCCAACUGGAAAGGAAAAUGGAUGCAAAGGAAAGGGAAAAGUACUCGGCUACUACAUCUAAUAGUAACUCACUAUCUAAAUCUCCUACCCCAAUUGAGUCUACAUUGUCUUUGUCGCAGAUACAAAAUUCGCUACCACCACCUGCACAGUUGACACAACAGCAGCCGCAACAACUCACAGCCCCAGUAUCUGAAAAUAAUUCAGAUUUACCAAUGUUAAUAAAAUUGCAAAAUUAUACUAUGUCUAAGUCUUCAGUUACAAACUUCUUUAAUAAUUCACCAGUUGCAUUUGAUAAUAACUAUUCUUCCAUUUAUUCGUUAAUGAACAGUAAGAACUCAGAGAUUGACAUUUCAGGAUUAUCUCAAGAUAUACUGGUAAAAAUGUGUGCUGAAGCCAUUUCGCGCACUGACACAAAUAAAAUGAUUACAGGGUUAUCUAUAGUGGCUUCUAGAUACACAGACCUUAUGAAUAAAGCCAUGAAAUAUUCAAAUACCAAUGAUACUGAGGACGGAGAACGUAAAAAGAAGAAGCUUAAACUGGAAGAUGGAGUCAACGCUCCCUUAGUAACAGAUGUUGAUGACGGCAGCACCAAUCUAGAGUAUGAGGAAGAAAAUAAAGAAUUUGUAUUGGCCCCUCCUGCUCCAAUGUCCAAAGAAGAAAAGUUAAACCAUUUGCAACUUAUUGUCUCCAACUUGCUUUAUAUCUCUGAAAGUGACGAGACAAGCGGGUUAUCCAAUACCGGCGAAGACCUUCCAGCAUUGCAUAGAGCCCGACUACUACAAUGGGACAACAAAACUUCAUGGGUUGUCUUGCUCACCAGACUGAGUUCUCGUGGCCUACAGGCAGAUAAGGAUAUGAGUAAUGUCGUUCGACAAAAGCUAUACGACUACUUCCUCGAAGACUUCAGCAACAGAGUUGCUGUCGUUAUCGAAUGGCUAAGCGAAGAAUGGUUUUCCGAGAUUGUCCGCACCAAUUCAUACACCAUCUACAACGAAUGGUCACUGAAGGUAUUAGACGGUUUGGUCCCAUUUUUGGAAAGUGGACACAGAAAAAUGUUCAUCAGACUCGUUAGUGAACUACCUCAUCUUGACGAGGAACACAUAAAGAAAUUUAAAUCAUUAUGCUUAGACCCUCUACGGUCCUCACUUGGUUUCCAGGCUCUAAAGUUCCUGAUUAUGUUUAGACCUCCGGUAAAACCAAUGGUCAACGAUAUCCUUCAAGAGAUGAUACUACAGGAUGAAUCCGUUAAAGAACAAUGCGAAGCGAUCCUAACAAAAUUUUACUACGGGUCCCCCUGA